AUGCAAGAAGAGUUCAAGAAACUUUAUUACUGUGAUCCAGACAAAACAUUAGUAGAAGGGAUUCAUCAUAUUGCUAAUGAUGUUGACUAUGCAACUUUUAUAUUUGAUGCCUACGGAACAGAUGGAAAGAUUUUUGUAUAUGUUGACCAUGCUGGUGUUGAAAUAGAAGAAUGGUUUAGUGAUGAACUGGAUGAAGAUGAUAAUUGUGAUUCUUGCAUAAUGGGUGGGGAUAAUGAGGAUGAACUGGAUAACUUGAUGGAUGUUAGUGUUGAUUCUACAAGUGAAUAUGUUGUUAUAAAAAGAACAUCAAAUGAUGACUUUUUGAGUAAACUAUGUGCCCUAGAUGAAGAGGACGACUUACAUAACACAUUAGGUGAUGAGGGUGAGAUUGACCCUUGUGGUAAGGAACAUGACAUAUUCAAUGAGUUGUUACAUAGGAUGAAGCAAAAACCAGUACUUGGUAUGAGAUUUAAUAACCCGUAG